AUGGCCGAGUUAGAUCUCAUACAAGACAAUUAUAAUUUACAAUCAUUGAUGAAAGGUUAUACCGCUCGCGUGGAGUUCGCACUUAAGUUGGGCUACACCGAAAAAUUGGUGCAAGUGGCGCUGCAGAAAUUGGGUCCGGAUCCGGGUCAGAAUGAGCUAUUAGCCGAGUUGAUCAAACUCGGAGCCACUUGCUCUCCAAAGUUUACUGAUGGUUCCGAGGAAAUAGAUGAUCUACCGGAUGCCGAGGCAGACAUCGAUGAAGGCGGAGGGUCGAUUUUAACUUCAAUGACAGCGACAAAUGCUACGACGGUGAACGCGAUCUCAUCAAUGGAACUAAGGCCUGUUGUCAUCGACGGUAGUAACGUCGCUAUGAGUCAUGGUAAUAAGGAAGUAUUCUCUUGUCGCGGUAUCAAGAUUUGUGUUGAUUGGUUCCGCACCAGAGGUCAUAAGGAGAUCACUGUCUUUGUACCUAAGUGGCGGAAAGAAGCCUCGAGACCUGACAAUCCAGUCACUGAUCAAGAGAUCCUGAGCGAGCUCGAGAAAGAUCGUCUGCUUGUAUUUACGCCUUCUAGGUUGGUAGGUGGAAAGCGUAUGGUGUGUUAUGACGAUCGAUACAUCCUGAAACUGGCCGCGGAGAUCGAUGGCAUUGUCGUCAGCAACGACAACUAUCGAGAUUUGGCCCAAGAGAAUCCCGAAUUUAGAAGGGUCGUAGAGGAGAAAAUUUUAAUGUACAGCUUUGUAAACGAUCGAUUCAUGCCACCAGACGAUCCACUUGGCAGGAGCGGACCUACAUUGGAAAAUUUUCUUAGAAUCAUUCCUAAAAAAAUCGAUCCCGCUCCUCCAUGCCCUUAUGCCAAGAAAUGUACAUAUGGCAAUAAGUGCAAGUUCCGACAUCCCGAAAGAGGAUCACAUCCACAUAAAUCUGUGACAGAACGAUUAGUGGAGCAUGCUCAGCGUCAUUUACAGGCCCGUGGGCCCAGCCUGAGCCUGCCGUUGUCACCCACAAAUGCAUCCGUAUCUCCACAACAUCCGCCCCUCAGCAAAACUAAAUCAGCCAUGCCAUCGAAUGUCGUUCAAUUCUUGUCUGUUCCGAAGAGUAGAUCAGUGGAAAAUGUCACAUCUGAUUUGUCUACAACUAGUCCCGUUAUGUACAGCCAGCAGAUGCCUCCUACACAAAAUUCUCAAGGUUAUCUUUCCUCAGCGAACUGGUCCACAUCAAGAGUGAGUAAUCCUGAACCAGAACCGGUGAAACUGCAUCGGAAACUACAACGGCAAUUAACUCUGAAUCCAGCGUGUGAUCCGCGACUUUAUCAACUCAGACGAUAUCAUCAACAGCAGCAAACCGGACAGUCGUUGCAGCAAUCAGUUAUCAACUCAUCACGCUCUAGCAUACAACACCGACCGUUGACGAGACUCGCCAGUAAUGACUUGUCGUAUCCGGGUACUGCCAAUAUGAACUGGGAUUACCCCGACUGCCUUCAGCCUCAUCACCAGCACGUAAUGCGUAUCGCUUCUGCCCCGGAUUCUUACAGAGCGUGGCCUCCACGUGGUACUUCCUUAAUGCCACGAGUGCAGAGGAUAGGUACCUCGGAUCCCCAAUUAAACCUGUUACCAUCCCCACCAUCUACAAGUUUACACGUGCCUUGGGGGAUGCAGACCCAGGACAUUCGACGUCGCCUGCACUAUCACCUCGCCAACAUUUUUCCCGAAGAACAAGUGCAGGCUGUCAUGACACUUCAUCCCCACGAGACCGAUCCUCAGCAGAUUUGUGCUGCCAUUUUGACGAUGUUUCCCAAGAAUCAGAAUUGA